AUGACCUUUCGGACUUGGAGUCUCUUUCGAAAAGCAUUUCCCGAAGAUGUUGAUCGCCACUCUACCUUCCAUGUGUAUGACAGGGAAUCCGAAGGUCUCUUACCCUCUGUCGUCGAUCGCUUGGUCAAGCUCGACGGUGACAUGCUGACGUUCCUCUGUAUCCGAACCGUUGACAUGACAAUUGAUCAACUCGUUUCUCUUAAUACUAUCAAUACGCUUGCGGUUCUUGCAAUAGAGAUUGGAAGCAACGAUCGACUUGGAAAGUAUCGCGAAACACUGACCGUUCAAAGGCUACGCGACUGGGGUCGAAGCGUCGGCGAAAGUGGUGCUUUCAAAAAGUUGCGAGUACUUCUUGUUGACGGUUGCAACUCAUUACCAACAAGACUUGUCUUAGCGUGCAUCUCUAGCUUUCCCAGCUUGAAUAUUGUUGGAAUCUCUGGCCAACCAGAUCCAUCUGAAGAGGAACCUUACUGGGGGAAUUGGCGCCAACAUCCUCAUCUGGACCGUUGGGACAAGACAAACUCAGACAGCGGGGAGAGAAGGUCUAGAACCACAAUGGCUUCUGACAUGCGAAGAUUGUAUGAUGCCUCGCUCGAGUUGUCGCAAGACGGAUCUCCUGGUGGUGGAACAUACCGAUCAUUAUCUAUGCACUACAUCCAACGUAGUAUGCCUGACACGGCUACAGAGAUUGCAUGGUUUGUCCGUGAGCUGAAAGAUGAACCUGCUCGGCCCGUGAAGCGUGUCCAACAAGACAAGUCUCGAUCCGACACUAAGAAAAGGAAAUUACGUGAGGAUAAGAAAGUUAGCAUAGGUUCGCUACUGGGAAGCUUUACCUGA